AUGGAACUUGAAAUAAUAUCAAGAGAGUUCAUCAAACCCUCAUCACCAACUCCUCCUCACCUUAGAAAAUUUCCCCUCUCUUUUAUAGAUCACAUUACUGUCCGUAACUAUGUGCCUCUACUUUUCUUUUACAAUGAUAUCAAAGUUUGUGACCAAACAUCCAAAAUCUCACACCUUAAGAAUUCCUUGUCUCAAAUUCUAUCCAUAUAUUAUCCCUUUGCAGGUAGGUUUAAAGAUCAACUUUCCAUCGAAUGUAACGAUCAAGGUGUGUCAUUUCUAGUCGCAAAUAUCACAGAAACAAAAUUAUCGACAAUCCUCCAAAACCCAACUGAAAAUGUGCUUAACCCUUUGUUUCCCGAUGAAUUACAAUGGAAGAAAAUGGAUUGGAAUGAAAGUAUUUUAGUCAUUCAAAUCAAUUGUUUUGCAUGUGGAGGAUUCGUAAUAAGUGUUUGUGCUUGUCACAAAAUUAUUGAUGCUGCAACCGCUUUCAAUUUUAUGAACGAUUGGGCCAAACUGAACCGUGAAGAAGGAGAUUCAAAUUCAAAGUUAUUGUUACCCAACAAUUUACUUUAUGCGGGUGAUACAAUAUUUCCACAAGGUAACUUGCCAAAAUUUCCGGAACGCGAGUUUGUGAUAGAUAAAACAAUAGUGUGUAAAAGAUUUGUGUUUGAAGCUUCUAAGAUAAAGUUACUUAAGAACAUGGUAAAUUCUGAUUCCCCUACUGUGAAAAAUCCCACACGUGUAGAAGUUGUCAUGUCACUAAUUUACAAGAGUGUGAUUUCUGCAUUAGGAUUAAAUUACAAAACAACAUCGCUUCGCAUGGCUGUAGAUCUUCGCAAAAGAAUGGUUCCUCUAUUGUCUAAAAAGUCUGUAGGAAACUUGAUUUGGUUCUUAGUUGUUACGAACCCAGAAUCACAUGACUUGAUAUUCAAAAUUAGGCAAGGGAUGUGUGAGUUUUGUGAGGUUUAUCCAAAGAAAUUUGGAGGGGAAGAAAAAGACUUUUCCUUUAUUUUUGAAUGUUUAAAACAAGAUACUACUUCAGUUACAAAGAGUAAUAAUGAUCAAAGUUGGAUUCUUUUUUCUAGUUGGUGUAGAUUUCCAAUCUAUGAAGUUGAUUUUGGAUGGGGAAAACCAAUAUGGGUGACAACUAGUACUUGUCCGGUGAGAAAUGCAAUAGUUUUGAUGGAUACAAAAGAUGGAGAUGGGAUUGAAGCGAUUGUAAAUAUGGAAGAGAAUGAUAUGAUUAUGUUUGAGCAUGAUGUGGAGCUCCUUCAAUAUGCUUCUCUGAAUCCUAGUAUUCUAUGUAACUAAUGAUUUCUAAACUCAAAGAGGUUUGUCGAAAUUGUCGUAGAAAACACUUUUUUUAAGGUGUUAUUGGUACAAAGUUUCUACAUCGAUCUAUUUAGCGAUUAAUCUCCGUCUAGAAAUAUGUGCAACACAUAAGAUAGGUUUGUCCCUUCCAACUGAAUUUUUUUUAUAUGUAUGAGUAAAAAAAUCGAACCACUAACCACACUCGUGUAAACGCUCUCAAACAAAGGAGCUACCCUUGGGAAGUAAGCUUUCUCACCUGGAUCAAUAGAAAAGCAACUGGAACUGGAUCGAUGGAAGUUCCAAUGUAAAGUUUCCUCUUCUCUUGGUCUAGCCCAUCUGAUUGAAGUACCAUUGACCACUCGAGUUGUCGGCGGCGAGUUUCCAAGCAGAGGUUACAAUUAAAGGCCUAGCGUUCCAACCAUGCAUGAGACAACCAUCAUUCUCUUCCACCUUGUAACCCUCCCUGCCGAAAAGCGACAACAACAGACUCGCUCGCAUUAACGCAUUAGAUCCCAAAUGUACCGGAGAAAAUCCAGCCCAACCGAACCGGUUCCUCCACUGGUUCAAAGUCUCAUGACGCUCAACCCGGUCCGUUCCUUCACACGCCACCACGUUGCAAAUUUGCUUCCCAAGAUACACCUCUGACAUAGCCUUGUCCUGCGGUUCAGCCAACGAACUCUCCAGCGAGUCAAACAGAGCUGAAUAAUAGUACAGCGACUCGGUAAACCGGUCCAGAAAACUCGAUCCGUUGUGAUUUGCUUCUUGUUCGACUACGGUUACAAUCUCCGGCUGAAUCUGACGGAUAACAGAAAAUACUCUCUCAAGCGAGCCGGGACGCGCGUUAAGUUUAUGAAGUUCAAAAACAGAGUUAACAGCAACAGAUUCAGUCUCCGGCGAACGGAGUUCAAGCAUAGAAGCUUCUAGAUCAGCGAGACUAUUAACAACAACACGGCGAUACUUAAACUCAACACCAAACGUUUGUGCAAGCUGAGCAAGCUUCCAACCAACCUGUUGGAGGUGAUCGGAGUUAUCAGAAGCCGGAGAUCCUACUCCGGUGAGACGAAAGGCAUGAGGACCACCGGGACGCAAGGCAAGCGCCCGCAUAAGCUCCUGCCACUGUAUUCCUUCAUUGAUGGAAAAAUCAAUGACAUGAACACGAGAUUUUCCUUGAAAAGCUUCGAGAAUAGCUUGAUUCGCGGUGAAAUGAGCUACUUUUAGGUGAGGACAAGCUUUAUAGAAAUGGUUCUGAAGGGAAGCAGAAAUGGAAUGUUGUGGAAACAUACCGUGGAUUCGCCGAGCGAGAGCUUCGGCGAAAUAGGUAGCAACUUUACUCGUAGCGGGUUUUUGUAAUGCAGCUAGGUAUUUGAUCGGUUUGGCAAUAUCUUCCGCUAGAGGUAUAUUGUUCUGUUCAACUGCCUCAGCAUAAGCCAUCAAAGUCUUGUGAAGCAUUUGAGCAACGUCAGACAUGUCUGAUUAUUUCACUUUGUAACUGUUGUUGGAGAUAAAACUCACAAACGCAAAUUAAUACACACACUGAUGAUUAUUGGAUUGAGAUUAUGAGAGAGUAAAGGGAGAUAAUGAAACUGUAUUUAACUUUUCUAUCUCAAUUUGUGCCAGAGUAGUAUUAGGAUGACUUUUCGGAAAUUGUGAUUUGUUAAACAUGGGGGUUGUGGUGGUUACAGGAA